AUGACCCCAACCGCGCGUCUGGCAUCAGCACUCUGCUGGUGCCUCGUAGGCCGGCUUGCAGCAGCACAGCCGCCCGGACGAUCCGCCGAUUUAUGUCUUCAGUCGUGCCAGAACGCCCUGGCGCAAGUGCGGUUCAGCGAUGCGGAGGUUUUGCCCGCCAAGUCGAGGGUUGAGAUGUGCCGAAGCCGAAAGGCCGUCACGUCCAUGUAUCUGUGCCUGGAUAUGUUCUGCGAGCCGGGAGCAAGGGCCGCCGAGGUUGCGACCCUGAACGAGACGUGUGUCGGGUCAGACAUGGAUGCGCUUCCUCCCAUUUCCAUCAUUUCGAAUUACACGGCGGGCGACAUUGAGAGGUUGCGGCAUAUCAGACUCGGUGAGGCGUUUGCGCCCAACGACACGGUCAAGGAGGUUGUUGUGCCUGCUUUUGAACUUUACAAAGCGUGGUUUGAUACAUUGGACGCGUACAGAUACGUCACCCAUCACCAUUUCUUGUACGGCUUUUCCAUGAUUUUGUUUUGGCUGGCUGUGCUGGCCGUGGGCGCUGGCAACAGAAUCAUGCUCGGAUGCAUCCGCUUCUUGAAAACGUACCGACUGUACCGCAGCCACCGCUCCGAGACGGCAACAUGGGUGAAGCAAAGGAUUCUGAUACCCGCAACCUUUGGAUACAGAUGCGCCACAGAAGUAUGGUGCGGCACGAUUCCGCCUCGGAUACAGAGUCUCACAAUUGCUGCGUUUGCCAUGAUGAAUCUUGCAUUUAGCAUAUACGGGUACAAAAUCACACCCGUCAAUCUUUACUUCUCUACACCAACGCGGCAGUGGCUACGGUACGUUUCCGACAGGACGGGGAUUAUUUCGUUUGCCAACUUCCCCAUCAUUUGGCUCUUUGGCAUGCGUAACAACUUUGCCAUUUGGCUUACGGGAUGGGACUUUGGCACAUAUAACAACUUUCACCGCUGGGUGGCAAGAAUUGCCACUCUUCAGGCUGUUGUCCAUUCGGUGGGGUAUACGGUCCUGAUUCUAAAAGAAGGAGGAUGGACAUAUUUUGCUUGGUGGUGGACGCGAAUGUUCUGGCUAGCGGGUGAAGUCGCCACGGUGCUCAUGUGCGCCUUGAUGGCUUGCUCCAUCUACUGGCUACGACGCCAAAAGUACGAGCUGUUCCUCAUAUUACACAUUGGCAUGUCGAUAUUUAUCCUGGUCACCAUGCUCGGCCAUGUUUCCAUCUUCAACGGCCAUUACGACGCCUUCUUCUGGGUUCCCGUAUUCAUAUGGGUAUUCGACAGAGUCCUACGCAUCCUCCGCAUAAUCUUCUUUAACCCGACGAUGAAGCCGACCGUCGCCACCGCGACGUACAAUCCGUCCACAAACAUUGUGCGGCUCAUCGUUCCGUGUCAUUUCAGAGCAUACAAAGCUCGCCCAGGGACGUAUUAUUAUCUCUCCGUCAUCGACGACAAGCGAUUUUGGGAGAGCCACCCGUUUACCGUGGCAUCUGUUUCAGACUCACAUCUGCCAGGAAAGCCCUUUGGAGAGCAAGCCCCCCUCCUCGAGUCAGGUGUCGUCGAUACAGAGGAGCAGGAGAUGACCAAGCCAAACUCGAAGCUUCUCACGUUCCUCAUCAGACCAUACGACAGCUUUACAGCUCGGCUGAGAGAUUUAGCCUCGGAUGACUCCCCGCAGCCAGCGUCAAUGCGGGUGCUGGUGGAUGGACCGUACGGACACAGCCAGCCGCUACACCUGUCCGACCACGUCGUGUUCGUCGUAGGAGGCAGCGGCGUUGUCGUGCCCAUGUCCUAUCUCAAGGUCUUGACGGGCCGCAGCAAGCAAACAACUUCCACACACAUCCACUGGGCGAUACGAGAACCAGAGUUCGCAGCGGAGGUUCUGUCGAAUGACAUGGUAGACGCCCUUGGCGAUUCGAGCUUCGCCAUCGACUUGUACUUUUCUGCCGACACGGAGAGAAGCAUUGGCGCAAACAUACCGCCCAAAGUGUCACGGCAUUACAGACGACCGAAUGCCGCGGCGAUUAUUCUCGCGGCCGCGGAAGAUGCAGGCCAACGGACUCUUGCCGUGGUUGCAUGCGGUCCGGCCAAGAUGGCCGAUGACGCCAGAAGGGCUGUAAUAGAAGCUUUAGACAUUUUCCCCUGCCAAAUAGAGUAUUUUGAAGAGAGUUUUAGAUGGUAG